AUGAAGACCUCAGCGAAUCUCACACCAUACACCUACGAAAAUGAUAUAUAUGGAGCAGGCUUGAGCGAUCAAAAGCCCCCAAUCUCCUUUGAUCCUACGAAAUGGCAAUCCCUCGCAAAAGAACGCCUCCCAGCUGAUAGCUUUGGCUACGUCUGGGGCUCAGCUGGUACCCGCCAAACGGAUGACAACAACAAGGAAGCAUUCAAAAAAUGGGGAAUCUUACCUUCCCGCUUGGUGGAAGCUGAUUUUCCAAGCCUCAAGACGAAUCUCUUUGGCGAUGAAUACGACUACCCCCUUGCUAUUGCACCUGUCGGUGUACAAAAGAUCUUUCACCCUAACGGGGAAGUCGCUACCGCAAAAGCGGCUGAUGGAGAAAAUGUCACUUAUAUCAUGAGCACGGCAGCAUCAACGAGCAUUGAGAAUGUAGCGGAUGCCAAUGGUUCUGGAUCGCGCUGGUUUCAGCUCUAUUGGCCUUCCAAUGAUCAUAUGGAUAUCACGGCAAGCUUGCUGAAAAGAGCCAAGGAUUCUGGAUACAAGGUUCUUGUCGUGACGCUUGAUACUUAUAUUCUUGGGUGGCGACCCAGCGAUCUUGAUAACGGAUACAAUCCCUUCCUUCGCGCUGAUAAUAUUGGAGUCGAGCUUGGGUUCUCGGAUCCGGUGUUCCAGGAAUAUUUCCGGAACAAGCACGGUAUCUCCAUUGAAGAAGAUGUCUCCAAGGCAGCGGCUGAAUGGGCACAUACCAUAUUCCCGGGUACCAGUCAUGGAUGGAACGAUAUUGAAUAUUUGCGCAGUCACUGGGACGGCCCGAUCGUGUUGAAAGGUAUUCAGACUGUUUCCGAUGCGAAGAAGGCGCGCGAACAUGGUGUUCAGGGCAUCGUGGUUUCGAACCACGGAGGCCGCCAGCAGGAUGGAGAUGUCGCGUCUUUGGAAAUGCUGCCUGAAAUUGCGGCCGCGGUUGGAGACGAUCUCGAGAUUUUGUUUGACUCUGGUGUGAGAUGCGGUGCAGAUGUUGUGAAGGCGUUGGCUCUGGGGGCGAAGAUGGUUUUGGUUGGUCGACCAUAUGUGUAUGGACUAGCUAUUGGUGGCGAGACUGGGGUCCGACAUGUGCUGAAGAGCAUUUUAGGAGACCUUCAGUUAACGUUGCAUUUGUCUGGUAUCAAAGAUGUGACGAAGGAGAACCUGAACCAAUCAGUACUGCGACAGAUCAGGACUUAG